AUGCCCGAGCCACCUAAAAGCGCGCCCAAGAAGGGCUCCAAGAAAGCCGUGACCAAGGUGGCCGGUAAAGGAGGCAAGAAGCGCAGAAAGUCCAGGAAGGAGAGCUACGCUAUCUACGUGUACAAGGUCCUGAAGCAGGUUCAUCCCGACACCGGCAUCUCGUCUAAGGCUAUGGGCAUCAUGAACUCCUUCGUCAAUGACAUUUUCGAGCGUAUCGCCGGUGAGUCCUCUCGUCUGGCUCACUACAACAAGCGCUCCACCAUCACCUCCAGAGAGAUCCAGACCACUGUGCGCCUUUUACUGCCUGGCGAGCUGGCCAAGCACGCCGUGUCCGAGGGCACAAAGGCCGUCACCAAGUACACCAGCUCCAAGUAAAGCGCGCUGCUGCUGCGGCUGCCUUCAGCAACCCAACGGCUCUUUUAAGAGCCACCCACUUUCUCAUAGAAGAGCAAUUUCGUGUCUCUCUGUUUGUGCUGUUCCCUUGUUUUAUAAUGAAUGCAGAAUUGAAUAAAAAUUUAUUUACGGGAGAUACAACGAGAUAAGUUGUCACAUCAAGAAAACCGAUCUCC